AAGCCCACACUUAGCUUCCAACUAGCUUUUUCAUGCUUUACUCUUAAAUAUGGACAGCACCCAUGAGAGAUUUGGGAAAAGCACUUAACAUGAAAGAAAAAAAUAAUAUAAACAUUAAAAAAAUUUACCCUGUGCUGCUUCUCUCUUUCGCUCAGGCCCGUGGUGCCGGCAGGGUGGGCAAGUGUCUUGGUCUUCAUACUGCCAAGAAGCUCCAUAGCCACCAGAAAUGGCAUGAUAAACAGUACAGGAAAGCCCGUUUGGACACAGCCCUGAAGGCCAACGCUUUCGGAGGUGCUUCUCAUGCCAAGGGAAUUGUGCUUGAAAAAGUAGGGGUUGAGGCCAAACAACCAAAUUCUGCCAUCAGAAAGUGUGUCAGGGUUCAGCUAAUCAAGAGUGGCAAAAAAAUCACAGCCUCUGUACCCAAUGAUGGUUGUUUGAAUUUUACUGAGGAAAAUGAUGGAAGUUCUGGUUGCUGGAUUUGGUUGCAAAUGUUGGUGACAUUCCUGGAGUCUGCUUUAAGGUUGUCAAAGUGGCCAGUGUCUCUCUUUUGGCUUAUACAAAGACAAGAUCAUAAGUUUUGAUGAUGAAAGCACGAUAGUAAUAAAUUUUC